AUGGGCAAGCACGAAGCACAAGACCAGUGGCGCUCGUCUACUACGGUGAGGCGGCGGGCGCGCUUUGUGACCUCGGGCCGGCCACGGCGGGCGGGCGGGGGCAGGGGUCAAACGGGGCCCCGGGCCACGAAUCCCCGGGCUCGCGGGCUCGAGAGAAUCGCAGCUCGCCUGCAGGUGGAGGAGGUCUCGGCGGGAAGAUUUCGGGGUGGCAGGAAGGUGUCCUGGGCGAGACCUGGGAUCGCGGGCAGAGGUUCCGGGCCAGGGAGCGCCAGGGCUGUCGGGCGUCUGGUCGCUCCUGCAUCUGUGUUGGCUUGUCGGUCUUGGAGAAAGUUCGUCCCUGUUUGUCACCCGCGUCCCGCCUGCGCGUUCCUGCAGCCUCGAUUACUGUGUCUGCUGCGGGCCAGCCGAACCCGGAAGGAGGAAUAUUAUGCAGACAAGCCCUUGGAGAAGCCCCUGAAGCUGGUUCUCAAGGUUGGAGGAAGUGAAGUGACUGAGCUGUCGGGGUCUGGAAGCGACUCAAGUUAAUGACAAGAGUCAGACCACGAGCAAGGAAGCAGCACAAAGGAAAAAAGAAAAGAAGAAAGAAGAAAUCGAGAGAAAGCACAUGACAUUGAAAAGAAGGAAAAAAAGAUGAAACGAGAAGAGAAGAAGCGGAAACGGGAAAAGGAGCAUGGCGACUCGGAGGGAGAGGCCGACGACUUUGAUCCCGGCAAGAAGGUGGAGGUGGAGCCGCCCCCCGACAGGCCCGUGCGAGCGUGCCGGACACAGCCAGCCGAGAACGAGAGCACACCGAUUCAGCAGUUACUAGAGCAUUUUCUCCGCCAGCUCCAGAGAAAAGAUCCUCAUGGAUUUUUUGCUUUUCCUGUCACGGAUGCAAUUGCUCCCGGAUACUCCAUGAUAAUAAAACAUCCCAUGGACUUUGGUACAAUGAGAGACAAGAUUGUAGCCAACGAAUACAAAUCAGUCACAGAAUUUAAGGCAGAUUUCAAACUGAUGUGUGAUAACGCGAUGACCUACAACAGACCAGACACUGUGUACUACAAGUUAGCUAAGAAGAUCCUUCACGCAGGCUUUAAGAUGAGCAAAGAGCGGCUGUUAGCUCUGAAGCACAGCAUGUCGUUUAUGCAGGACAUGGAUUUUUCUCAGCAGGCAGAUCUUCUGGGCAACGAAGACACAGCUUUUGAGGAGCUCGUUCCUGAAGCAGCACCUGUACAAGUAGAAACUGCCAAGAAAUCCAAAAGCAGUAGAGAAGUUAUCAGCUGCACGUUUGAGCCGGAAGGAAAUGCCUGCAGCCUGACUGACAGCACGGCAGAGGAGCACGUGCUGGCCUUGGUGGAGCACGCAGCUGACGAGGCUCGGGACAGGAUCAGCCCUCUCCCAGGGGGCAAGAUGGGCUAUCUGAAGAAGGACAGUGACGGCAGCUUGCUCUACAGCGUGGUCAACACGGCCGAGCCGGAUGCCGACGAGGAGGAGACACACCCUGUGGACCUGAGCUCGCUCUCCAGCAAGCUGCUCCCCGGCUUUACCACACUGGGCUUCAAGGAUGAGAGAAGGGGCAAAGUCACUUUUCUCUCCAGCACCACCACCGCGCUUUCAAUGCACAGCAAUUCCGUGUUCGGCGACUUAAAGUCGGAGGAGAUAGACCUGCUGUAUUCCGCCUACGGGGAUGAGACGGGUGUGCAGUGUGCGCUGAGGAAAUGGACUAUGUCGUGUCUGCCCCCGCCCCACACUCGUCGCUUCUCCGGGACUCUGACACGCGGCUGGCAUCCUGGCCUGUCCCGAGUGCCGAGGAGAAAUGUUCCCGUGAAGCCUCCAGAGGAAGCGAAGGCUGGGGACUCGCUGGGCGACAGCAACUCCGUCCUGGACUUCAUGUCGACAAAGUCCUACUCGGACGCCUCCCUGGACAUCUCCAUGCUCGGCUCUCUAGGGAAAGUGAGGAAGGAGCCUGACGCAGACGACAGCCACCUGAACCUGGAUGAGACGGCGAAGCUCCUGCAGGACCUGCACGAGGCACAGGCAGAGCGCGGGGGCUCCCGGCCGUCCUCCAACCUCAGCUCCCUGUCCAACACCUCCCCCUCCGAUAGGGACCAGCACCACCUGGGAAGUCCUUCUCGCCUCAGCGUCGGGGAGCAGCCAGAGGUGACCCACGACCCAUACGAAUUUAUGGAUCCGUGCGGCCGGAGCCAGAGAGGGGCCCUGCGGGAAGCCAGCAGGAAGCAGGCCUCGCCCCGCCGCUGGUCCAGAGUGAAUGGCUGGUCGUGGCCCCUGCACACCUUCCAGGCGGUGGCCUGGACCAUGCUGUUCAUCUUGGCCUUCGCCAACUUCGGUAUCUUCGUCCCCUUGCUGCCGCCUAACUGGAACUUGGUCAUCUAUGGUGUAUCCUUUACUGUGGGAGCAGCGCCCGCUGUCCCAGGGAGGCUCCCCGCGGGCCCUGCCCCAGAUCUGGCUCGGGGCCCUGCCAUGCCUACCAGCCCCCGCUGCGACCCCUGUUCUACGACCCCGCUCCUCCUCUUCACCCCAGACACCCGCCACGGCCACGCUGCCUGA